CUGCAGGCAUCGCUGCCACAACAUCACUGCCCUCAGUCAUGAACUAGUCAGAGUCCAGGAGUCACUAAACGGGUCAUAUAAGGUAAGAAAAAACGUGUAUCUACCUCGCUGAUAGUGUUGCCUCGUGUUUUUUGCUUGUAGCAUCUUUGAUAGAAGCUGUAUUAAAGAAUGACGCUACAGAGAAAAAGUUAAGUCAAGCAAAACUCUGAGUGUUGUCUCUGUUUACACUAGCUAGCUCUCCCAGCUAGCUAGCUUAAGUACUUCAUGAGCUUCGGAGUUCUUCAGCUUACCUUUUUUAAGACGUAAACUUUAGUUAUAACCUCACCCUGGUUACACUGUUAUUCAGGAGACGGUUAAGUCGCUCUGUGACAACAAACACGUCUACUCUGAGUCAAGUUUCUUCUUAAGAGCUAGCGUUAGCAUGCUAACCAUUGAGCCAGCAUUGCGCCGGUGUUAGCUCAGAAGAGCUGAUGUUAUGUCACGUUAGAAGUAAAUAAAGAUCCUGUGUAUCACUGAUAAAAUAUCCACUUAUUAUGUAUAAGAGUAUAACAUUAAAUCUGGGCAUGUGCUGGUGUGGUUGAUUUUGUUUUGAAUGUGUCUAUAGUUAAAAUUGAGUUAUGGGCAAAUAUAAGAAAUCUAGUGAAAAUGUCAAAGCACGUGUUGGCAAGAAUGUUGAACACUUAUCGAUCAUAUGAAUCAUUCACUUUUUCCAAAACAUAUUCUCAUUUACUAUCAUACAUUUUACACCUUGAUGCACUUGUGGUGGGCAAUGAUAACACAGGUGACACUACCACUAAUGAUGUGAUGAGACCAGUUAAAGGGAUAUUCCGUAAAUUAAGUUAUGGUCAAACACACCGUAACACUGAGUUAGACACCCAACUCUAGAGAUGAAUGUUUGCGACUGCUUGCUUCUCUAGUUAUACCAACUUCAGCAAUGACCGCACGAUAGCAAUACACAGUGGUCUGAGGAGCCAUAAACAAACCUUAACCAAAACGCCACUCUAUAGCCACAAAUAAUGCUCAGAACAGCACCUAACUUCAUCAACAGUACAUAUAGAGUCCCAGUCAUAGUACUAGCCUUCAAACAUCUUUUAGCUUUGCCCAAUUUCUUAAGCAAAGAGACUAAACACAACUGACCUACUCUCUUCCAGCAGCCACUUGUUUGUAGUGAGACCUCAGGCCAGUCUAUUACAGAGUGUGGAGAGUGGGGAAAAAAGUGUUAAUUCUGCAUUCCCUUGUCGCUACCCCUGUUGAACUUUUUUUUUUCAGGUUUCUUAAUAAAUGUCUGAGGACAAGGAAGCCCAGGAAGAUGAGCUGCUUGCUUUAGCAAGUAUUUAUGAUGAAGAGGAAUUCCACCGGGCAGACUCGGCACAGGGGGGAGAGAUCCAACUCCUCCUGGAGCUCCCUCCUGAUUUCAGAGUUGUUGUCAAAGGUACAGCUCUUUGUAGAGAAACAAGUUCAGGGUGUUAAUAUGGUUGGUGCUUUCUUAUAUUGACUUUGGUCUGUUCAGUAUAGUUUUCAUGAUAUUUGCUAACUUUUGGUAACUUUUCCUUUGAGAUGAUCUCUAUUCUCAUAUUUUGUCCCAGGAGAGAAGGAGAUGGAAUAUAACAUCUGCUUCUUGCCUCCUUUGGUGCUCAACUUUGAGCUCCCUCCAGACUAUCCAUCCACGUCCUCUCCAGUUUUCACCCUAAGCUCCAAAUGGAUGACCAGAGCGCAGGUAAGACUGAAAUUAAACUGAGGUUUUAUCUUUUUUAAUCGGCCAGCAAAUGUUGAAAAGGUUUCAAAUUGAAAUGAGACUCUGUAUCUGAUUCUGUUCUACUUCAUCUCUUCAGAUUAGUGCUCUAUGCAGACGCUUGGAUGAGCUGUGGGAGGAGAACCAAGGCUGUGUGAUCCUUUUCACAUGGAUCCAGCUCCUCAAAGAGGAGGCCCUGGACUACCUUGGUAUCCAGUCUCCUCUUGAAAUAAUAAGAGGAGGAAGCAGAGCGGGUGGUGAGCGUAAGAAAACCGACUCUGCAGCUACAGGUACGGUCGUCUCCUUGAAUUUUUUAUUAACAUGCUUAACUGCAUCUGCGCUCUCUUUCUCAGUAAAGCUCGGAGGCAGAAUUCAAUAAAGAAAAUAUUCUCUUUCAUGAUAAGUUGAGACAGCAGUACUAACUCCACAAUUUUUAUUUAAAAAAACAAAACAAAACCUGGUUUCAUCUUCCUGUGGUUGUUUUGGUGUCCAGCCUUGGUGCAGUGCGAGAGUCUCGCUGAAAACGCGGAGCACAAAAGGGAAAUGAAGAAAAAGAAGCCUGACCCUUCAGCCUCUCAAUUGGACCCACGGGCCGUUCUGUUGAUGGACCCACGUGCAGACCUCCUACCUCAGCUCCUGGACUUUGAUGAGGCGCAGCGCCAGAGGGUUUUUGACAGUAAAGUGUUCUGUUGUGGGAUCUGCUUCAUGGAGAAGCUGGGCGCUAACUGCCUCUGCUUUAAGGAGUGCCAGCACGUCUACUGCAAGGCCUGCAUGACGGAGUACUUCCAGAUCCAAAUACGGGACGGCAAUGUUCAGUGCCUUAACUGCCCUGAACCCAAAUGUACCUCUGUAGCGACACCACUGCAGGUAUGAACAUCUUUUAGUCAGUGUAUGUUUCAGUGUUUUCGUUGGGUUUUUUUUAACCCUUGGAUCCAUUGUGUGACCUCUCAGGUGAAGCAGCUGGUGGAUGAGGAGCUUUUCGCCCGCUAUGACCGUUUGCUGCUUCAGUUCAGUCUGGACCUAAUGGCCGAUGUGGUCUACUGUCCUCGCCAGUCCUGCGGCACCGCUGUGAUGGUGGAGCCGGACACAACCAUGGGCAUUUGUUCAGCCUGCCAGUAUGCUUUUUGCACACUGUGCAAGCUGGGCUAUCAUGGUCUCUCUGCGUGUAAAAUUAAUGCAGGUAACAUGACUGUGGUGACAAAGUUGACUGAAAUAACAUAACCCUGAAAUUUAAUAUGAAAACUGACUGUUGUUGCCAUUUCUGAUCUGGAUCCAACACCAACAAUUAGACAUCAACUCAGUGUUACUUGGCUCCUAUCUCCUCUUGUCUUCAAGUGUAUGUAAACCCCUCUUCUUAACUCUCCAUACUGUGACUUGUGCCAUAGAUGAAUUGCGUAAACUCAGAGACGAGUACCUGUCCGCCUCAAUAGAGGAGCAAAAGUUCAUGGAGCAACGCUUUGGGAAGAGGGUGAUCCAGAAAGCAGUGGAAGAGUCCUAUAGUAGGGAGUGGCUCGAUGAGAACUGCAAAGCCUGCCCUCGCUGUGGAACUAAUAUACAGGUAAGGCUCCCCCUGCUGGUGAGAGUGCGUCAGAACAGACCAGAACUAGAUAAAAAUGGCUUGUAAAGUCCUCAGUCGUUCUGGUUUGAAUGUGUAAUCUGUGAUGUUUGACUCACCUCCUGAGGCGUGUUCUACUAAAGCCUCUUUCUCUGUGUGUCUACAGAAAGCAGACGGCUGUAACAAGAUGACCUGUACCUCCUGUAGACAAUACUUCUGUUGGCUGUGUCUGGGCCUGCUCAGUAAAGUCAACCCAUACAGUCACUACAACAACCCAGGUUCACCGUGUUACAGCCAGUGAGUGAUUCAUCUCUCAUCUUUUGUCCCCAACUUCCACUUGAAGGUGGGGUAGGCAGGAUCUGAGGAAGUGCCAGUUUUUGGGAGAAAUCUUGAAUGUAAACUCUACCCCUCCCAACCAGUUUUCCCCUCAGCUCCUCCUCUCUCGUCCCUCUCUGCUCCAGCAAGCCCCGCCCACAAACAGACGCUCCUGCUCGCUUGUAUCGUUUCAAUUAAAUUCAGAUAUAAUGCAGAUAAAUACUUAAGAUAAUUACAAAUGGGGUCCAGUCAACGUGAAAGUAAAAAGCAUUGGUGCUACUGUAGAUGCCAACAGACUACCAGCAAACACAAUGUUUGUAGGACUUCUACAACUAGGAUAAAGUGACAUAGUCCAGGACCCGAGGUCAACAGUUUAGCAGCGCUACAACACGCAGCAGGUCCGUUUGACAUGAAACACUUCUGUUACAGACACUUGGCUUACUUUGUUGAAGCGGUUUACCUGUCCAGCAGAAAGGUUACAGGGUCUGUAAGAUAAGGUGACCAGACGUCCCCGAUUUCAGGGUGACCUGUCCCCGGCAAAAGCUGUCCCCGAAAAUGUCCCCGAUUUAAGCAUUUCAUGAAUGAGAACAAAAAUGUUGCGUGUAUGCUAGAACAACGGUUAUUACAGUUGCCGAAUGGGUAGGAAGCACAAGUAAGCAGUCCUGAACAACAGUUUUUACGGGGGUUAUUACAAGGGGCGUGCGCUGCUACUAAAUAGUACAGAGAUGUUGUCUCUGAUCACGCAGCCCAUGCACCAAAUGUCCCCGGAUUUCAUUACAGAAAUCUGGUCACCUUACUGUAAGAUCCCGAAGCGUCCCCCAUCAUUUAUGCUGAUGUUGACCCGGCUUUUUAGCUCUUGUCCGGUCUACGCAUUAUUCCGCCAGAGUCUCUGGUAUUUACUUCAUUUUCUUGCUUGUGUUUGCAGUCAUGGCUAAAGGAGGAUUGAGACAAUUUUCCGUACUUUCUGGUUGGUUUCUACUGUCCGAUAUUGUAGCACACUAACUUUGUUUGGGCUCCUGAAUGAUACAGGGAAGCAGCGUCCGCCUCACAACCAAUCAGUUUGGGGGAGGUGGCGGACACAGACAUAACAAAACACAGUGGUAUCGUUAUAUUCCCAAAUGUCAUCAAUAACUAAUAGCUAUUGACUGAUAUUAAAAGCUUUUUUGUAUAUACACCACAAAAAAAGAUACUUCUUUAACAGAUUCCUGCCUACCCCACCUUUAAUUGCUGACAGAUAUUACGUGUCUAUAAACACGCUGGUUUAUAACCUCUCCCCUCGCUCGUUGUAGGCUCUUUCAGGGUGUGGAUAUGGACGAAGAAGAGGCCUUCUGGAGCGACGAGGAGGACUGACACCGGCGCAGUGCCUCACAGCUGUAUGCUCCAUUUGAAUGCACUUUAUCUCACAUCACUAUCACAAGGAGAACUCGAAGACGUCUGCGUUUACACAUCUGUGCCACAACGUCCGUGUACCAUCGUUUAUGUUUGGAAUACUUUCAGAAAUCAUCAGUCAGUCAGACAUGCUCAGAGAGAAAUGGAAAAAGAUGAUUUUGAUAAAAAGGAGAUGCUCUUUUGGCCACUCCAGAGCAGAUAUUUAGUUAUCUUACGCAUGGUUUUAUCUUUGGAUAUGGCCUCAAAUUUUCACUAUCUGUAGUCGUUUUAGUUGCUGAGCAUCUAAUAGAAAUGAGCAUGAUUUGAAAGAUUGCUCUUUGUUUUACUGAAGCCCAUUACUCUAAAUGUGAAGUCGUAGAAACAAAAUAAGUUUGCGAUGAGUUCGGAGAGAAAUUAAAACCACUGAUGGAGCUGUGAUUGGUCGAUUCAAGGUCAGGGCUCAUAAUUACCUAGCAGCUAUCAUCAGGACUCGACCCUGUUGUGAACACCUAAUUAUAUGUCAGAAAUGGUGUUCGGGUUCAUUUCACUUUCAGAAACCUAAAUGCAAAUAACAGAGUUUGUUUUGGUGAACAAGGAGUUCAUAGACUCAUACCAGUGAUACGAGACUGAACAAAGGAUAGGAUUCAUUACCAGCUCUCAUUUGUUUUGUUGUUUGUUUCAGCUAGUUCAGUUAACAACCAGAAUAUCCAAACCUCAGACAGACUGUACUCAGGAGUGAGUUUCUAAUUGAGUUCAUCCAAAGUAAUGAGGAAAAAUACGCCUGGAUUAUUUCACAUCCAGGUUUAUGUGUUUCUUUUAAUGUUGCCAAACACUGGUGUCAAAGAGGGCAGAUAAUCGUAGUCAUUAAUCGAGAUACAAACGUUAUUUUCUAUGACGUGUAUUAGUUUUUUUCUCUUCUAGUUCUUUCUACGUUUUAUCACAAAUUAGGUGAUUUGAUGCAAGCAGUUCUGUCGGUGAUUGCUUCAAAACUGUUUGAUAAUGGCAGGUUUCUUUCAGAUAUGAUUCCAGUUUGGAGUGGUUAAUAAAAAGAAACAGACAAUCAUAGUUAAGCUCACACAUGGGUUCACUGUUCCAUUAAUACUAUGUCUCCAAAAAACAAUCUAUAAGGAUAGGACCUGUAGAAUCCUGAUCAACAAACUGUUCCUCUGAAUAAAAGUCAAAACCUCAAAUUUG